AUGAAACCAUUGUUUGGUGGGAAUGGUGCGCUGGGGAUCAUCAGAAACCAUACAAAAACAUGGAAAAUGACUCCCUUUUUCAUGCUUAAACAAAACUAUUCAAAUUUGAAUAAGAGAUUCUUAUCAAAUUCUCCAUUGUUAAUGUCAAAUUAUAUAAAAUUGAAUCCAACUCUUUAUAAACCAAGUUUGAAUAGAUUUUUUUCAUUCAGUGCAAUUCCAAAGAUCCUGGGGAAAACUAUUAAAGGUCCUGCUUAUCUUGGUGGUAGUUUAGCUGCUGCUGGAAGUUAUGUUGCUUAUAAAGUUGAAGAAGCUUCAAAUUAUACUACAGAUCGUUUAAAUCAAAUGAAAGAGUUUGGUGAAGGUGCUAUGGAUAAAGCUUCUGAAUUUUGGAAUGGAUUGAACCUUGGUGGUGGUAGUACAGGGGCUUCUGGCGGUGAUGGUGGUGGUGGUGGUAAUGGUGAUUCUGCUACUGCUGUUGGUACUGCUGCUGCAAUUGCUUAUUCCCAAGAUGAAGAUCAAGAAGAGGAAGAAGAAAAAGAAAAAUUAAUAGAUCAAGAUGAUGAAGAAUUAGAAGAUGAUACAACAGAUGAUGAAAUUUUAAGUCUUACAAGACAAAUGAUUGAAAUUAGAACUUUAUUACAAGAAAUUGAUAGAUCUUCUGAUAAUUUAAAAUUACCAUCCAUUGUGGUUAUUGGAUCUCAAUCUUCAGGUAAAUCAUCUGUACUAGAAUCUAUUGUGGGACAAGAAUUUUUACCAAAAGGUUCAAAUAUGGUUACAAGAAGACCAAUUGAAUUAACUUUAGUUAAUACUCCAAAUACUGCAGCUGAAACUGCAGAUUUCCCAGCUUUAAAAAUGUUUAAUUUAACUGAUUUUCAAGAAGUUCAAAAAAUUUUAUUUGAUUUAAAUAUGGCUGUUCCUUCAACAGAAGCAAUUUCAAAUGAUCCAAUUCAAUUAACUAUUAGAUCACCAACUAUUCCAGAUUUAUCAUUAGUUGAUUUACCAGGUUAUAUUCAAAUUGAAGCUGCAGAUCAACCAACCUUAUUAAAAUCCAAAAUUAAAGAACUUUGUGAUAAAUAUUUAGAAUCUCCAAAUGUUAUAUUGGCAAUUUCAAGUGCUGAUGUUGAUUUAGCAAAUUCUUCUGCUUUAAGAGCAAGUAAAUUAGCUGAUCCUAAAGGUGAAAGAACCAUUGGUGUUAUUACAAAAUUAGAUUUGGUUGAACCUCAAGUUGCAAGAGAUAUAUUAUUAAAUAAAAAAUAUCCAUUAAAAAUGGGUUAUGUUGGUGUUAUUACUAAAGCUCCAACAAAAUCUUUAUUUAGUCAAAAAAAAGGUCAUGAUGCAUUUAUUGCACAGCAAAAUUUUGAAUAUCAAUUUUUAAAAGAUAAUAAAGAAAAUUUCCAAAAUUGUAAUGUUUCAACAAAGAUCCUCAAGAAAAAAUUAAUUAAAGUAUUGGAAAGAACAAUGUCAUUAUCUUUAACACCAACUGCUGCAUUAGUUCAACAAGAAUUAGAUGAUACUAGUUAUAAAUUUAAAGUGGAAUUUAAUGAUCGUCAAUUAACUCCAAAGACUUAUUUAGCUGAAAAUGUUGAUACUUUAAAGCUAGCUAUUAAGGAAUUUAAUGAACAUUUUGGUAGAUCAGAAUUACGUUCAAUAUUGAAAAAUGAAUUAGAUCAAAAAGUCCUAGAUCUCUUGGCUUCCAGAUAUUGGAAUAAAAUAAAUGAUAAAGAAAUUAGUACCAAAACAUUAAUUGAAAAUUUAACAGUGUUAAAUGAUACAACAAAAGAAGAUCCUUAUUGGUCCAAGAAAUUAGAAUUUACAACAAGUUCAUUAACAAAAUUAGGUGUGGGAAGAUUAUCAACUUCAUUAAUAACAGAUGCCAUAAUUUCAGAAAUUGGAAAUAUAGUUAAUGGUACACAAUUGAAAAAUCACCCGUUGGCAAAAGAAGUUGUCAAGGAAGCUGCUAUAAAUGUCUUAAAUUCAAGAUAUUCAUCUACUGCUGAUCAAGUGGAAAAUUGUAUUAAGCCAUAUAAAUAUGAAGUUGAUGUUGAAGAUCGUGAAUGGACCAUAUCAAGAGAACAUGCUAUACAUUUAAUUAAAGAAGAAUUAUCACAAGUUAAUGAUACUUUAAAUUCCUUGAAAACUUCAAUAGGUGGUCGUAAACUAUCUCAAGUUAUUAAAUAUUUAGAUGAAAGCACUGGAACAACACAUGAAGAAACUUUAGGUUUUUCUAAAGUAUUAUUGGAUAGAGGUCGUGAAGGUCAAUUUUUAAGAGAUCGUUCCAUAAUAUUAAACCUAAGAUUAAAAGCAUUAAAAUCAAAUGGAUGUAAAUCAAAAGAUAAUAAAUUCAAAUGUCCUGAAGUGUUUUUAAACGUUGUUAAUGAAAAAUUAACAACAACUGCAGUACUUUUCCUUAAUGUUGAAUUAUUAACUGAUUUUUUCUAUAAAUUCCCAAGAGAAUUAGAUUCAAGAUUAAAUAUCAAUUUAAAUGAAGAACAAAUUGAAGAAUUUGCUAAAGAAGAUCCAAAGAUUAAGAGACAUAUUGAAUUACAACAACGUAAAGAAUUAUUAGAAUUAGCUUUAAAUAAAAUUGAUGGGAUUUUAGCAUUUCAAAGGAAUAAAACUCCUUUAACAAUAACACAAAGAAAUAAUAACGAAGGGAAUGGGAAAUGGCGUUGA